CGCUACUUUGACACCGAUAAUGUAGCACUUCAUGCUAGCACCUUGCAACGCAGCUAUAAAGUUUUCUACAAGUAACGAAUGAAAUCAGAUCUACAGCCGAUUUAGAUAAAAGUUUUCGUGUCCUCAUCGUGAGCAUGACGGACCGGGAGGAACGCCGCUUCGCUGAAGUCUCCCGGGACUCUGUCAAACUGAUGGCCGAGAGCGCAGGCGUGGAGCUCGGGGACGAUGUGGCUGCUGUGCUCGCUGAGGAUGUUUGUUACCGGCUCAGAGAGGCUGCCCAGAGCAGCUCUCAGUUCAUGAGGCAUGCCAAGAGGAGGAAGCUGACAGUGGAGGAUUUUAACAGAGCCCUGCGCUGGAGCAAUGUGGAGGCUAUCUGUGGCUAUGGCGCUCAGGAUGCUCUCCCUUUCCGCUCGGUGAAAGAAGGUGAGCUUUUCUUCAUAGAGGAUCGGGACAUUAACCUGGUGGAGCUGGCUUUAGCCACAAACAUCCCCAAAGGCUGCGCAGAGACCAUGGUCCGAGUGAAUGUGUCAUACCUGGAUGGAAAAGGAAACCUGGAGCCUCAGGGGACAGUCCCCUCGGCGGUCCAGACUCUCUCAGAUGACCUGCUGAAGUAUUACCAGCAGAUCACUAGAGCCAUCCUGGGAGAGGAUCCUCACCUCAUGAAGGUGGCUCUGCUGGACCUCCAGUCCAACUCUAAGAUUGCUGCCCUCCUUCCUUACUUUGUUUACGUCAUCAGCGGGGUGAAGUCUGUGAGUCAUGACCUGGAGCAGCUCAACAGACUUCUUCACAUGGUGAAGAGUCUAGUCCAGAACCCGUACCUGUACCUGGGCUCGUACGUACGCAGUCUGGUGUCCAGUGUGAUGUACUGCAUCCUGGAGCCGCUGGCCGCCUCCAUCAACCCGCUCAACGACCACUGGACCCUCAGAGACUACGCCGCGCUGCUGCUCAGCCACAUCUUCUGGACUCAUGGCGACCUGGUGAGUGGACUUUACCACCAGAUCCUGCUGUCACUCCAGAAGGUUCUGUCUGACCCAGUCAGACCGCUCUGCUCGCACUAUGGAGCCGUGGUCGGCCUGCACGCUCUAGGAUGGAAGGCAGUAGAGAGAGUGCUAUUUCCUCAUCUUCCUGCGUACUGGGCGAACCUUCAGGCCGUUCUGGACGAUUACUCUGUUUCGAAUGGUCAGGUCAAAGCAGACGGACACAAAGUCUACGGAGCCAUCCUGGUGGCAGUGGAGCGUCUCCUAAAGAUGAAGGCUCUAUCUCUGUCUCAGCCUCCAGAGGGGGGGCCGGGGGGUCAGCUGGGCUCUGUGGCGGGGGGUCUGGGUUACAGGGUGAGCUCGCCCGGCCUCAGCCCCCCUCCGGAGCCACUCUCAGAGGCAGCCCUUGGCAUCGCCAGCCACUUGCAGGCGGGCGGGGCCGGCUGUCCCUGGGAGGAGUGGACCCCCGUGCCCCUCCCCGACAUGUACACCGAGCUCUACUCCUUCUUUGGCGACAGCCUGGCGGUCCGCUUCAGUACAGGGCCGGGGUUGGGUAGCUACCCUCCCUUCAUGCCAUCACAGCUCAGCGAGGCCAGGAAGGAGCCUCCGGGCCCAGCCUCAAACCCAGAAACCACCAGAAAGAUGCCACAGCUGACUGCCAACCUCAACAUCAGCCCAAGGCAGGACGGCAGUCCUCGCACAGAUCCACUGCCGCCAAGCCUUGCUGCCACUGGCUCAGGAAGGUCCCUUGCUCGCUCCUCCUCAUCCUCCUCCUCCGUCCAGCGCUCCAGGUCAUCCUCUUCUCGCUCUGGUCAGCGUUCAGCCGGACCGUCUCGGGACGUUUUCCCUAAAUCUCGCUUCACCUCCCCUCAGACGGGACCUCCGGCGUUCUCCUUCCUCAUUGGCGGGCGGCAGAUGGGACGCCGCUGUCAGGGGCGACGUCCUUUCCAGACAACUUUUCUCCCAACUCCUCCCCUCUCGGCGGUCCCGCCUCGAGCCUACGCCCACAAACUGCCUGUGAUUGGAAGGGUGGGCAAACCUGUACGCCGCUGGGCGUGCUCACAUUACUCCCUCUACCUGCCGCUGUAGGACAGUUCUGCUCAGACUGAUGAUCAGUGGUGAUUAUUGAUAAAGACAUUUUCAUUCAC